AUGGCAAGCGAAAACAAUACGGAUAGUCAUAUUUAUGAAACAAAUAUGAAUGUUGUGAAACGCAGAAUUGAAGAAUUCUGGAAUCGUCGUUUCAUGAGUUCUAAUUUAGUCGUUGAUAGUCCAGAAGAUCCCCAAACAUCAAGACAGUCUAAAGCAAAUUCUAGUGUAAAUAUAACCACUGAUACAAAUACAGAUAAAUCAAAAAAACGUACGUAUCGUAAACAGCUUGAAAGCGAUGAAAUUAUUGCAGAAAAAGUGAAAUUGAUACAGCGAGGAGAUAUAGGAACACUUGUUAGGAAUCAAAAAUCUGGAAAAUAUGGAGAGAAACUAUCAGUUCCAGCCAAAAAAAGUUAUAUACCAAUUGUAAAUGACAAAGCACCAAAAAUACCAGCAUAUUUAUUAGGAAAAAGUUUUCAUAAGAAUCAUUUGCAUCGCAACAAAAGCGAUGAAAAAAAGCAACCCAUAGAAGUAUCCUCCAAUGAUAAUGGUGGCCCUAAUAUAGAUAAUAACUUAUCCGAAGAACAUGAUGAAGUCAUUAAAAAAUUAGAAGCUAAUAAUGAACCUUCAAAUGACGUUACAAUACCUGAAGUGUCUACUGAUAAAGUAAAAGAAACACUAGUAGAGAAAAUAAUUCAUUUAGAACCCGCAAAAUAUGAAGUAAAAGAGCAACUUCUAGAGAUAUCCUCUUCUGAAAGUUCACAUUUAAAAAGAAAGUCAUCCGAUAAAGAUGAGAAAAUCAUAAAAAAGGCAAAAAUUAGUUCUGAAAUUUUACAUGCGACAACGUCAAAUGACGUUACAUUACCAGAAGUGUCUACUGAUAAAGUAAAAGAAACUCCAGAAGAAAAAAUAACUCAUUUAGAACCCACAAAAUGUGGAGCAAAAGAGCAACUACAAGAGUUCUCAUCUUCUGAAAGCCCAAAUUUAAAGAGAAAAUCAUCCGAAAAAGAUGAGAAAAUCAUAAAAAAGUCUAAAGUUAGUUCUGAAGUUUCGCCUUCAAAUAUGAAUGACGUGUUACCUGCCGUGUCCGUUGUCAAAAUUGAUGAAAUACCAAAGAAAGAAAUAG